GCUGUGUGUCCUGAAGCACGCCACAGAAAGAUCUCUGAAGAUACAAACAAAUGACAUGUUUGCUUGCAGCCAGCACCUCUGUGGUCUCCACGGCAUCACCUCCAAGUCAAAUUGGCUUGGAGGCUGCUGACAUAGCUGUGGUGGUGGUCUACCUGCUGGUGGUCAUGGCGGUCGCAAUCUGGGCGUCAACGAGGGCCAGUAACAGCACGGUAGGAGGUUACUUCCUGGCAGGGCGCUCCAUGACCUGGUGGCCCAUCGGAGCUUCUCUGAUGUCCAGUAACAUUGGAAGUGGAGCGUUUAUCGGGCUGGCGGGAACAGGAGCGGCAGGAGGCAUUGCUGUGGCCGGCUUUGAGUUGAAUGCGGCUUGGGUUCUGGUGGCUCUGGGAUGGGUCUUCAUCCCAGUCUAUAUUGCAGCUGGGGUGGUGACCAUGCCGGAAUAUCUGGCCAAGCGCUUUGGAGGACGCCGGAUCCGAAUGUACAUGUCUGUCCUGUCCCUGGUGCUCUACAUUUUCACGAAACUAUCUACAGAUCUCUUCUCAGGAGUGUUGUUCAUCAAAGUUUCCUUAGGCUGGAAUCUCUAUUGGUCUAUCGGUGUUCUGUUGUUGAUCACAACAAUGUACUCUGUGGCAGGAGGUUUGUCAGCAGUCAUCUACACUGAUGCAGUCCAGACGGUGAUCAUGGUGGCAGGAGCCCUCACGCUAAUGUUCAUUGCCUUCUGCAGAGUAGGCUGGUAUGAGGGUCUGAUGGAACACUACAUGGCUGCUGUUCCCAUGGCAACAGUGGCCAAUACCACAUGUCACCUCCCUCGUAGCGACGCGUUCCACAUCUUCCGAGACCCGCUGUCAGCUGACCUACCGUGGCCAGGCCUCAUCUUUGGUCUCACUGUGAUUGCCACCUGGGUGUGGUGCACUGACCAGGUUACGCUACCCUGCCCUAUUCUAGUCCACAGUUUUGGGUAUUCUGUAAUCUGUGUAUGUGUGUGCGCGUGUGUUCAGUUUAUAGUUCAAAGGUCGCUGUCAGCAAAGUCGUUGUCUCAUGCCAAAGGAGGUAGCGUGUUAGGAGGUUACCUCAAAAUCCUACCAAUGUUCUUCAUCGUCAUGCCAGGCAUGAUCAGCCGAGCGCUAUUCCCUGACGAGGUGGCCUGUGUGGAUCCAGAAGUGUGUCAGAGAGUGUGUGGUGCUUCAGUUGGCUGCUCCAACAUUGCCUACCCUAAACUGGUGGUGGAGCUCAUGCCUGUUGGUGUCCGUGGACUGAUGCUGGCUGUGAUGUUCGCUAGUCUGUUGUCUUCUCUGACGUCCAUCUUCAACAGUAGCUCCACCAUCUUCACAUUGGACCUGUACCACCAAGCCCGGCACACGGCCUCUGAGAUGGAGCUCAUGAUUGUUGGCAGAGUGUUCAUCCUGGUGCUCGUGUGUGUCAGCAUCUUGUGGAUUCCUGUCAUUCAGUCAGCCAACAGCGGGCAGCUAUUUGAAUACGGCCAAUCAGUGGUCAGCUUUUUGGCUCCGCCUAUUACUGGUGUAUUCCUCAUGGCCAUCUUCUGGUCACGUGCCAAUGAGCAAGGUGCAUUCUGGGGCCUGAUGGUGGGGCUGGUGGUGGGACUGAUUCGGAUGAUUCUGGAGUUCUCCUACGAGGUGCCGCUCUGUGGUGAACCGGACCAACGUCCCGCCAUCUUGACCGAGGUCCAUUACCUUUACUUUGCAAUCCUUCUCAUGGUGCUCACCUGCCUGAUUGUGGCUGCCGUAAGCUUGGCCACGCCCCCGAUACCUGCAGAGCACCUGCACAGGUUGACCUGGUGGUCCAGACACAGCAAGGAGGCUUGUGUCUCCCUGACCAAUCCCUUGAUGACCUCUGACUCUGCCAGUCCCUCUGUGCCCCCAUCGGCCUCCUGUUGGCGAAGGGCGGUUAUGCAGCUCUGCGGACUGACUGGUGCCAGCUCCGGUUCUCCUGCUGCCGAGAGCCCCAAGCUGAAUUCCCUGAAGGAGGCGCCGCUGUGGAGAAACGUGUGCAACGUGAAUGCUUUGGUGCUGCUCGCCGUCAACGUCUUUCUUUGGGGAUACUUUGCAUAACUGGGCUCAGAUGGCUUCCUCUUCUUUACGGUGUUCAUCACACACACUUUCAAAUGGGAUGGGUGUGUUUUAAAACGUCAGUUUUUCACAGGGCCACCUACUGGCCAAAAAGUUUUAAGAGUUUUAAGACUUUUAAGACUCCAUUACUGUUGCUUGAAAUCCAUAUUUGAAGGUUUCAAAUGACAAAUUAAAA